AUGAGUGAACACUUCCAGGAUGAAGAGCUCUAUGCUCUGUUUUCUGUUCCUGAUGUGGCGCUGGAGGCUGUGCGUGUCGUCAGAGAUCAGAAGACCAACAUUGGCAAAGGUUUCGCAUUUGUGCUGUUCAAGUCCAAGGUUCGUGUUGUGCCUUCAAAACUUGUACCUCACUCAGCAUUCCAGGACGAUGCCAAGCAUACAUUUGAAAGAGGUGCUCUUGAGCUGCGCAACAGGAAGCUGAGGCUUCGUCGAGUCUCUAAUCGCAGCCAACAAGAGACAACGAAACCAAGGCGCCGCUACAACAAGCCUGCAACAGAAAGCAAGGUGAAGACUCGGAGUUACGAAGGUAGCCGUUCUGGACAAAAGAGACGCGCCCUUCCCCAGCGACUCACUGUGGCAGGCAAAGACGCCAAAAAGGGUGACGCAAGAAAGAAGAAAAGGCCUGCAGUUCUCGCAAGGAAGGCCAAACAGAAGGGCCUUGAAGUUCCCACAUCCAGUAAAAAGAAUAAGCCUGGGAAGAAAACUUGA